AUAUGCCUCCACCUCACCUGCACUCAUCUCCCACUCCCACUUUCUCCUCUCCAUCAUGGCGAGGCUCAUCGUAACCACCCUCUUCCUCCUCCUCACGGAGCUCUUCUCCCUCCUUCCCUCCUCCUUUGCCUGCCCUUACUGCCCUAAACCAACUCCUCCUACCCCACCACACCACAGGCACCACCCCACGCUCCCCCCCAAGCACCCCCCUAAGGUGAAGCCCUUCCCCCACCCCAAACCCAAACCCAAACCAAAACCAAAACCCAAACCGCCGGUCGUCGGCCCACCCAAACCCCCUCCGGUAGUCCAGCCUCCACUGCCACCCAUCAUCCCACCCAAACCUUCACCCCAUGUCAAGCCUCCAAUGCCUCCAAAAGUGAAACCUCCGCCCUACGUUAAACCCCCAGUAGUCCGGCCUCCACUGCCGCCUGUGGUCAAGCCGCCGCCCGUCGUCAAGCCGCCGCCCGUCGUCAAGCCACCGAUCGUGAAGCCACCACCCGUCGUCAAGCCGCCGCCUGUCGUGAAGCCACCGCCGGUGGUCAAGCCGCCGCCUGUAAAGCCACCACCCGUGGUCAAGCCGCCGCCUGUCGUUAAGCCGCCGCCCGUGGUCUACCCGCCUCCCAUCAUCACGCCGCCGGCGCCGCCUGUCGUUAAGCCACCACCCGUGGUCUACCCGCCUCCCAUCGUCACGCCGCCGGCGCCGCCUGUCGUGAAGCCACCACCCGUGGUCUACCCACCGCCCGUCGUCCCGCCGCCGGCGCCGGCGCCGGCGCCGCCUGUCGUGAAGCCACCACCCGUGGCCAAGCCACCGCCGCCGAAAGGCGAGGUGCCGUGCCCACCGCCACCGCCGCCUCCGACGCCGCCGGCGGCGAAGACGUGCCCGGUGGACGCGCUGAAGCUGGGUGCAUGCGUGGACUUGCUAGGGGGUUUGGUGCACAUUGGCAUCGGGAAGGAGGCCAAGGCCACGUGCUGCCCAGUGGUGCAAGGGCUGGCGGAUCUGGACGCAGCCCUGUGCCUGUGCACGACCAUCAGAGCCAAGCUGCUCAAUAUCAACAUCGUGCUGCCGAUUGCGUUGGAGCUGCUGAUCGGGUGUGGGAAGCACCUGCCACCCGAUUAUCAGUGCCCUGCACCUGCCUAAAUAUAUAAAUACAUAUAUAUAUCUACUAUCUGGUUAUUUUGAUCUUGGAGGAGAAUAAAUGAUCACGGGCUGCUUGGAAAGAAAGCAGAGAGUGUUCAGAGAGUGUUCAGUUUCUUGCUUUAUUUACUUUUGUGCGAGGAGAUGGUAGAAUGUGUUGUAGACUUGACCGUGACGUUGUUAAUCAAAAAGUGAUGUGGUUCUUUAUACAAAAGUGAGAAAUAAGCUCUUUAGUCCAUUUUAUGCAUCAAAAGUUCUUUUGGAUCU